UAUUCUCGCUAAACUCGCCAUCUUGUUGUUGUAUUUGACUUGACUCUCUGCUGUUACUUUUUUGAUUUGGUAUCGGUUUUUUUUGACUGACUGAGUUUGAUACCUAAGCUCAAUCAAACUCUGCAUCUAAUGAUUGUUUAAUUAAGUUGAUAUGUUUUAAAUUAUUGUUGCAAUUGCAAAUUAACUAAGAAAAUUUUAAACAGUUCAUUGUGUAUUUCUCUCUUUCUCUCUGAAGCUCUUUCCUUCCUUUUCCUUUCUUUUUUGUCUUUCGUAUUGCUUAAUAUGAUAUAAUGGUGAAUCCUUUGUCUUUACAUUAUUUCACAGCUACUCAAUUCUUAAUUCUUCCGUCUCUUCUCGUUUUCUGAGAAUAACAGUUCGUACCCGGCUGGUCUUUGUCGUCCAAGGUCCAUGAAGUUUGACAAUAUGGGCGAAGAAUCAGAAAGAGAUAUUUUUAUGAAAAGGUUGGCCGCCUUUAAUGAAUCCCGUGGUGCUUCUAUGACUUCAUCUCCAACCAUAAGUAAACAUCCUUUGGAUUUGUACCAAUUGUAUAAUGUUGUUAAAGACAAAGGUGGUUUUCUUGAAGUUUCUAAAACCAAGGCAUGGAAAGAAAUAGCUACUUUAUGUGGUUGUAUGGUAAAUCCAAGCUCUUCUUACGCUAUAAGGAAACAGUACAUCAAACAUAUAUUACCAUACGAAUGUAAAUUUGACCGGGGAGGAAUUGAUCAUACAACAUUAAUUGCACCAAACGAGAAAAAGACGAAGAAAUCUAAAGAGACAAUGUCUCCUGGUCAUAGUGACAGCAAUUCACAAGGUUUCCCACCAACUCCCGGUUCAAUGGAACCACCAGUAUCACCUUAUCCUGGCAAUGGACCAUCACCUAUGGGUAACAGUUAUCCGCAAGGAUUUCCACCAACUCCUGGCUCAAUGGAACCACCAGUGUCACCUUAUCCGGGUAAUGGACCGUCGCCUACCGGUAACAAUUAUCCACAAGGUUAUCCUCCACAAUCUCAUCAUCCAGGAAUGCCGAAUUAUCCACCUCCUGGGUCACCUUAUUCACCUCAUCCGAUGUCAUCGCCCAUGACUGGUCGAUCUCAUUCUCCACAUCCAAGUGGUAAAAAAUUGAAAGGUGUUCCGUCUCCUGGAACAGCAGAUAGUGAUUCUCGUGGUAGUUACCCACAGUCAGGUACUCCAGUGCAAUUAGAAGGUCCUUAUCCUCCACACCAUGGACCAAUGACACCAAUGAAUAAUUAUGGACCAGGUCCAGGAAUGUACCCUAAUCAAAUGAAUAGGAGUCAGGAAGCUUACUAUCCUAAUGCAUCUAAUUUCCCACCCAAUAGACCAGCAUCUAGAGGUGCAGCUCAAGGCUAUUAUGGUCCACCAGGAUAUGAGUAUAAUAGAGAAAAUCGUUCUUCUAUGGACCCAAAUAGACCAGAAGCAAAUAAUUAUGCUAGUAAUCAACCAGGAGAGCCCUCAUCAAAUCGAGGAAAUCAAUUAUCUAAUCAACCUCCUUCAACGUCAACUUCAUCUACAUCUUCACCCGAUGAUCAUAGGCAGUCUAAUCCAACUCAUCCCUCACCUCAUCCUAACUCUCAUCAUCAACAGUCUAAUAUGAGUGCUGGUCCACGGUAUCCCCAUUCAUCAGCCUCACAACCUCAUGGUAAUAUGACAGCUCCACCAUAUGUACAUAGUCAACCUGGUUGGGAAAAUAAUCAACCUAGAAAUGAUCAAAAUAAUGGAGGACCGAUUCCUCCACCAUCACAGGGUAUGUCUGGUCCGAAUUCAGGAGCUACUGGAGGUUGGCAAAUGAAUCGAUACCCACAUCCUCAACCUCCUCAAGCUGGACCAGGAGGUCCACCACCAGGAAUGAAUCAUCCUGGAUAUUUAAGCACAACAUCUCAAUCAGCCUAUCCUUAUCCGCCGGAUCAUCCAAUGAAUAAAAUGAAUGCAAUGCAAAAUAGGAUGUAUCAAUCAACUCAAAUGUCCGGUGGACCACCAAUGCCAGCAAAAUCUCCUUCAGCCCAUUUAACGCGUCUUUUAUGUUCAUCAACAAGUCUUCCUGGUUCACCAUCACCAAAUCCACACAUGGGAGCUCCAAAUGCAGGUUCACCUCUUCCUCCUUCACAUGCACAUGGACAUGGGCAUGGACAAGGGCACCCUCAUCAACAUCAACAACAUUCACAUUCACAUUUUUUGUCCCAUCCAUUUGCUGAUGAGAUGAAGCCUCCAACUCCAACUGGUCAUCGUCGACAUCCUUCUGGCCACCAACAGCAGCAACAAACGCAGUUGAAAAGUGGUCCUCCAGAGUUGGGAUCUGAAAGUUCGAGUUUUCGUAGCAAUCAACCAAGUAGUCGUUCAAAUAAUCGAUCAAGUGGUCGUCAAAACAGUCGACCAAGUAGCACAGGGUUACCAAGUCCUUCCUCAUCAUCACGUGGUUCUGAAAGUGAGAAUAACAAAGGAAAUAUUUAUUCUAAUAAUUCGCAUGAUAACAAAGACAAUUCCAAUAGCUCUGAAAAUUCUACUAAAGUAACUCUUACUUCAUCUACUCCGGGAUCUAAGUUGCCAAAUCAGAGCCCAUCAACACACCAGGAAGCUUAUUAUCCUAACGCACCACCCAAUUUCCCACCAAAUCGACCAGCAUCUAGAGGAGCUCAAGGCUAUUAUGGGCCACAAGAAUAUGAUUAUAAUAGAGAAAACCGUUCUUCAAUGGACUCAAAUAGACAAGAAGCAAGUAAUUAUAAUAAUAAUCAACCAGGAGAACCUUCAUCAAAUCGAGGAGCUCCAGUUUCUAAUCAACCUCCUUCAGCUCCAUCUUCAUCAUCAUCCUCCUCAUCUCUACCCGAAAAUCACGGUUCUUCAAAUCCACCUCAUCCUUCUCAUCCUUCUCCUCAUCAUCCACAAUCCAAUAUGAGCGCUGGUCAACGGUAUCCCCAUCCAUCAGCCUCACAGCCACAUGCGAAUACACCACAACAACCCUUACUUAUGAAUAGCUCUGGUUAUCCUCCACGAGGCCCAGUUCCAGGACCUUAUGGUCCAGUUCCCCCUGGAAAUCAAACAGCUUAUCCAGAAAUGAAUGAUGCCUAUCGCAAUAAUGGGCCUUCAAAUGUACAGAUGUCAACCCAUAAUAGUCCACUAGCUCAAAGGCUUUUAGCUGCCAAAUCUAAUCAACCUCAAAGUUCCAAUUAUCAGAGUUCAUUAUAUUCGAGUCCUAUGAAUAAAGCGCCACAUAAUGGACCAACACCAAGGUUCAUGGGUGAAUCUAGAGAAAAUAAUAUUUAUGACCAAAAUCCUCCAACUAACAGUGGUCAUGUAAUAGGACCGAAUCAUCCUCCUGGAUCUACUCCACAACAUCCCCAGAGUCAUCCUGCUUAUCCAAAAAGGCACCCUGACUUUAUGAAACCUGAACAACAAUCUCAACAUCAUCCACCACAGCACCAACAAACUCCCACUCCACCAUUUCAAGAUGGGCCUUCCAACCAAUAUCAUCCGUAUCCUGGACCUGGUAAUAGAUCAAUGCCAGCAAAUUAUCCCCAAGGAGAUGGUCCUCAUCAAACAUGGAAUCGAGAUGCGAAUUUCAGAGCUCAUCCAGGUGGUCCUACUCCUCAUCCCCCAACAUCUCAGCCUCCACCACCUCAUGGUAAUAUGACAGCUCCACCAUAUGUACAUAGUCAACCUGGUUGGGAAAAUAAUCAACCAAGAAAUGAUCAAAAUAAUGGAGGACCGAUUCCUCCGCCAUCACAGGGUAUGUCUGGUCCGAAUUCAGGAGCUACUGGAGGUUGGCAAAUGAAUCGAUAUCCACAUCCUCAACCUCCUCAAGCUGGACCAGGAGGUCCACCACCAGGAAUGAAUCAUCCUGGAUAUUUAAGCACAACAUCUCAAUCAGCCUAUCCUUAUCCACCGGAUCAUCCAAUGAAUAAAAUGAAUGCAAUGCAAAAUAGGAUGUAUCAAUCAACUCAAAUGUCCGGUGGACCACCAAUGCCAGCAAAAUCUCCUUCAGCCCAUUUAACGCGUCUUUUAUGUUCAUCAACAAGUCUUCCUGGUUCACCAUCACCAAAUCCACACAUGGGAGCUCCAAACUCAGGUUCACCCCUUCCUCCUCCACAUGUACAUGGACAUGGGCAUAUGCUAUCGCAUCAACAAUUUAGUCAUCAUAUUCCUCCAGGAGCACAAAUGAUAAUGAAAAGAGAUUUAGUUUUUCCCCAUGAUAGUGUUGAAGCAACUCAAGCAAAUUAUUCUAAAAGACGUAAGUUAACAAGUAAAGAUAUUCCCCCAGUUGAAGCAUGGAAACUUUUAAUGAGUUUGAAAUCGGGAUUGCUCGCCGAAAGUACCUGGGCAUUGGAUACUUUAGCAGUUUUGGUUAGUGAUGAUAGUAGUUAUCUUUAUUUCGGACUCCAACAUUUACCAGGAUUAUUGGAAAUUUUAUUGGAACAUUAUAAGAAAUGUUUAAACGACAUGUUUGAUGGUUUAUUCAAAGACACCGAAGUUAGUGGUCAUAUUGAAAAAACUUCACAUGAAGCAAAAAGAAGGACGCGAAAAUGGUACCAAGUUAGAUCUGAUGAUGAAGACGAGGAAGAGGAUAUCAUUAAACAUAAAGAAAGCAGUGCAGUUGACAUGAAUUCUGACGAUGAUAGUGACAUUGAUAGUGAAGGAAGCGAAGAUGACAAUGUUGAUGGUAUGGUUGAUGGUGAUAAAUAUCUUGAUGGAAACAAAAUCAGAAAAACUGUCAAUGUUUCAAAAGACUUUGUUAAAAUGGAUCAUGCAAUUCAUGUCAACAUUCCCAAAAUGGAUCAACAAACUAAAAUGUUGAAAUCAUCUCUUGACCUUACCUUUAAAUCACGUAAUGGUAAAACUGUUAGGAUGGAAAAUGCUGAAGCUCAUUUAUUUGUGACAGACUAUGAGAAGAAAUGGGAUUAUUUAAAGAACGGUUUUCGUGUUGGUAAAGAGCAUUGGGCUAAAGGGUAUGGAGAAAUUACUGAUCAUAUUUUGACGCAUUUUGAACCAAAGGAAAAAUAUCUCAAGCUUGUUAGAGUUAUUAGGACGAAAAAAUCAAAGAAAUCCCAUAAAAAAUUAAAAACAAAGGAUGUGAACAAAAAAUCAAAUUCUGUUGAUGAUUGUAACUUAGGAUCUUCUUGUCCAGAACCUGUUGUAAAAAAAGAGAAAAUAGAAAUGCCUUCUCCAGUUGAAAAGCCAGUUGAUAAUUUACCAAGUGAAGUUAAAUUUUCAAUGAAUGGCAAAUCUUCUGUUAAGAAAGUUUCAUCAUAUGAUUCCGAUGAACUUGAAGAAGAAGCUGAUAGUGAAGAGGAUUCACCAUUGUUUCCAGUUUUGGAUUAUUAUGAUUCAAUUAGUCGACGGUGUCUUUGUAUUUCAACUUUAAUUAGAAAUUUAUCAUUUGUGCCUGGUAACGACGUCGAAAUGUGUAAACACCCGGGUUUAAUGUUGGUACUAAGUCGACUUAUAACAUUGAAUCAUACACAUCCCCGAAAGAAUCGCGAUUUUGCUAAAUUGAGUGAAGGUGUGGAAAAAUUUACAAGUACAACAAAUGGACAGGAAGAUCAGCAAACUAAUGGAAUUAUCGACCCUAAUUAUGGGAAAAUGAAUGAGAGUUUGGAUGGACAUAGUAAUGAAUGUAAUUUGUUGAAAAAUUCUUCAAUUUCAUCAAUAUUAAACUCAUCACCAACUCGUUCGAAAGAUAAUAAUGAUGAUGAAGAAAUUACGAAUCCUCCUUGGUACUCUGAAUCAAUACAUCUUUUACGUGAAAAUACAUUGGUUACAAUAGCUAAUAUUUCAUGUCAACUGGAUCUUGAUCCAUAUCCCGAAGAGAUUAGUUUAAAUAUUCUUGAUGGUUUAUUACAUUGGGCUGUAUGUCCAUCAUCAUAUGCUCAAGAUCAUCUUCCAACCACAACAGUUCAAUCCUUUUCACCUAAAAGACUUGCCUUGGAAUCAUUAAUGAAAUUAUCGAUAAUUGAUUCCAAUGUUGAUUUAUUAUUAGCAACACCGCCAUGGAGUCGAUUAGAGAAGAUGUUAUUAAUGUUAGCAAAAAUGUUAAAUCGUAAUGAGGAGCAAACAUUACGUGAAUUUGCGCUUGUUUUAUUGGCCAAUUUUGCUGCUGCUGAUACAAGUAUAGCCCGUGCAAUAGCUUUAACUGGUUAUGCGAUUCCUCAACUGAUUAGUUUUAUUGAACAAUCUGAACAAUCAGCAUUACAAGUAGCCAAUUCCCAAGGAAUAAAUGCUCUACGUGAUAAUCCUGAAUUAAUGGGUACAACUCUUGAUAUGGUUCGUCGAGCUGCUAUUUGUUUGCGACAUUUUGCCAGAAUACCUGAAAAUAGACCUUUGUUAUUAGUUCACCAACAGAGACUUUUAUCUCUAGUAUUUUCACAAAUUCUUGAUCAAGGAGUAGCUUCUAUAAUAGCUGAUGUUAUUUAUGAAGUAUCUUUGUAUGAUGAUAGUUCGUUACCUCAUCCACAUUUGGUAAAGUCACUGAAAAACUCAUCGUCAUCUCCUUCGUCUCCAACGCUGUCAAUACCUACAUCCACAUCUACAUCAACUCCAACACCGACAUCAGCAUCAACAUCAACAUCUACAGAAAUCUAUCUAUGUAUUUGUAAAUUAACAAAUGAACAGAAAACUUAAUAUUGUCCAUGAUACUUAUUAUUGAUUAAUCAUAAAUCUUAAUCCAUCAUAAAGUGAAGCCCGUUUAACCAAAUAAGUGUCAAUUAAUCACUAUUAAUGACAUUUUAAUCCAAUGUAGUGAUAAUCAAUAAAUAAAUAGGGGCAGAUGAAAAAUUAUAAGCAGCCGAUUGGGGACAAUAACGAAACACUAAUAAAAGUUCUCAUCUUGUGUAUAGAACUUAGACCAAAGAUAAUUAGUAUAUAUGUAUAUAUUGUUUUACAUGAUUUUUUUUAUUCAAUCAGGGUUAAAACAUUUGCAAUCAACAACAGUAAUAAUUGAAUUUGAUAAACAUGAAACAUUGAAAGUAAUAACAAUCACAAUAA